CCCGUACCAAUUCCCCGGUUCCGUGUCAUGUCGGAAGGGUCGCCAGCUGCACCGCUACCAGCCAAGAAAAAGAGAGCGCAUCGAAAGUCACGGACGGGUUGCCUUGGCUGCCGCAGCCGCCGCGUAAAAUGCGACGAGGGACGGCCGCGAUGUCGCGCUUGUCUCCGUCGCGAUGAGUCGUGCCGCUAUCCAGAUGAGACCAUCUCCGCCAGACUGGCCGCUAGCGAUGAUGGCGAGACGCCCCGGACGCGCGCCGCUUCCAGUGCGGCGGGUCUGCAUUUGAGCCCGACGGGUGAGCCGUUGACAACUCUCGCUCUGCUUCCCGAUAGGACCCGACUCGGUAGCGAUCCUGGCAGCACCGCAGCGAUCGGCCAGCUCGCCAACUCUCGGCACGGUGGUCCCUCGACUCCACGGUCUGGACUUUUCAGCAUCGCAGACUUGGCUCUGCUGCACCACUGGACCGUCUCGACCAGCAGCUCCAUCUUCAAUUCCCCCGACGUCGACGCCCUGUGGCAGGUCACGUUCCCCCAGGUGGGCUUCGAGUACCCGUUUGUAGCCCACGCCAUGCUGGCCCUGGCGGCGCUGCACAAGUCCUACCUGGAUGGCUUUCAGACCAGAUGCCCCCUGCUGGAGGACGCCACGCUCCAUCACGAAAAGUCCCUGGCGGGGUUCCACCAUGUGGUCCAGCACCUGACGGUCGAGAACAGCGAGGGGCUGCUGGCGUGGUCCGUCCUCAACAUCCUCUACACCUUUGCCCUCUCCAGGCAGCUGGCAGGCCGGACCGAGGGGUCCCGCCGGCAGCAGCAGCAGCAGCAGCAGCAGCAGCAGCGGCAACAGCAGCACUCGCGCAAGGACCGACUGCUGGGCGUCGAGUGGAUCCCCAUGGUGCGCGGGGUCGACGCCGUGCUGAGCUCGUACUACCACUCCCUGCUCGACGGGAGGCUGGGCGGGCUGCUGACCUUGGGAAACUGGAACGAGCUGCGGCCCCGGGACGACGACGCGGAUCCGAUGGACGGCGAGCUGCGGCGCAUAGGGGACGUGUGGAGGCGCGACAGCAACCCGGACGCGGAGGUCUACGACGAGGCGCUCCACAUCCUGAGGAAGUGCCGGGCGUACACCCGGCAGUUCGCCACGAUGGACGCCGACACGCUGAGGCGCUGGGACGUCAACCGCGGGUGGGCGGGCCCCAUGGCCUUCGUGCACUUUGCCCCCGAGCGGUACGUCGCCUUGCUGCAUCAGAGGCAGCCGCCCGCCCUCGUGCUCUUUGCCUACUUUGGCGCCUUUUUCCACAUGCUGGAUGGGUACUGGUUUCUGGAGUCCUGGGGCAGGGAGAUAGUCGAGGUCGUGGACGACAUACUUGGCAGCUACUGGAGGCCGUGGAUUCAGGCUGCGGCUGAUAUCGUAGGGCUCGAGUGA